AUCUGCUUUGAGGAUGGAUCCUGAGUGGGAAACUGUGGGUGCGGCUGGGAUGGAGCUGUCAAAGAAAUCAGUUGGUAAUCCAGUAGGAGGGGGGUCUGCGAUGCCUGCCUCUUCAGCAUUUUCAUCAUCGUCCUCAUCGUAAACUCCAGCCAAAAGACUCAGACCUGUAGAUGUUGUUGGAGGAGCAGAUUCCUUUUCGCUGGGUUUCUCAAAGAAGUCUCCAGGCAGCCCUGACGAUGAUUGGCCUGCACUCGACGACGAUUUUCCCCUUUUCACUUCAGCAACAUCAUGGUCCUGUGUUUUCCUCUUCACAGGUUGAAUCUUGGGUAUCAAAGGCUGAAUCUUGGGUAUCACAGGCUGACUUUCUGCGCCCUUUAGCUCAGCAACCUUCUCUUUAUGACUUUUCCCCAGAACAUGAGCUGGCCACAGAAGCUCCGACUUCACCUGCACAUUGCACAGGACGCAACUGAGGUGUCCGAGACUGUUAUAUUUAGCAAAAGGAGACUCCACCUUCUUCUUGUCUGCUGUUUGCCUUUGUUUUUCUCGCAUCAAACGCCGGAGCUCCUCUUGAUUCACGACUUUUUUCCCCUUCUUAGAGCUUGCCAUUAUUGAAAACAAAACAGCUCGUCAAGUUGCUGGUUUUGCAGAAGACUGUCGCAUGAAGAUGACGUCAACUGCAUAAACACGUUCAAACCGUUCAAACCCAAACCACGUUCAAACCACGCGAGAUUUGGUGGAGCACAGGACGCUACUUGGAAUGUUAGCUCAGCUGGCUUCCAUGAACCUCACCGUCCGCCUGAAUUUUGCCGCAAAGUGAUCUGAUCCCAUUUUGAAACGUAAAUCUAAGGAGCAAAGAAGAGACAACGAUGUAGUCGUUUGAUUUCCGUUCUUAAUUUUAGAUGUAUGUUGAUUUAGUACGUCUAUGUUCUCUUAUGUUUAGCAUUAUUCUCUGUUUUCAUCGCCGCACCCUCCAUAUUCAUUUUUUAUUGGGGGCAAGCUAGCUAACGUUUGCAGGGAGCUAAUGUUGCUUUGGAUUGGAGUAGCAGGUGUAAUAUUGUUGUAUAGAGGAAGCAGACAGCUACCACUAAAUAUCGCUUUGUGCUCGAGUUUAUGAAGCCGUUUUGAUAUAUUGCUUCCAGAUUUAUGCUACGACUGCAGCACAGUAUUUACAUUAUUACUCGUUUAAAGCACGAUAGGCAUCAUCAUGACAGGUGAGAAGAUACGCACUAUGCGAAAGGACCACAACAAACCGAACAAAAAUGACGAGAUUAUGGACACGUACGAUGAGACCUCUAACGGGACUAUUCCUAACGGGACCAGUAACCAUUUUAAAUCCAACAAGGCUUUUCAGAAAGCUGCCAAAACCUCGGCCCUGCAGCAGCAACAGCAGCUCAAUGCAAACAACAUUAAUGGCAAUUGUUCGUCAAUCGGCACUGUUGUCAAUGAUGAUAACAAAAACCCGAUCAUCCUGACAAGUGAGGACUUGGAGUUCCCUGUGCACGAGUGCGUGUUCAAGGGAGACGUGCGUAGGCUCUCCUCCCUCAUCAGGACCCAGAGCAUCUCUCAGAAGGAUGUGCAUGGGAACACACCUCUUCACCUGGCUGUGAUGAUGGGCCACAAAGAGUGUGCCCUCCUUCUCCUUGCUCACAAUGCACCUGUGAAGAUCAAGAACGCACAGGGAUGGAGUCCUCUGGCAGAAGCUAUCAGCUAUGGUGACCGGCAGAUGAUCACAGCAAUCCUUCGGAAAUUAAAGCAGCAAUCCCGGGAGAGCGUGGAGGAUAAGAGGCCCAAGUUACUGAAGGCUCUGAGGGAGCUUGGUGACUUUUAUCUGGAGCUGCAUUGGGACUUUCAGAGCUGGGUUCCUUUGCUGUCCCGGAUGCUACCCUCGGAUGCUUGUAAAAUCUACAAGCAGGGAAUUAAUAUCAGACUUGACACAACUCUCAUAGACUUCACUGAUAUGAAGUGUCAGCGUGGAGAUCUGAGCUUCAUUUUCUGCGGCGACGCAGAACCCUCUCAGUCCUUUGUGGUCCUGGACAAUGAAGCAAAAGUGUACCAAAGAAUACACCACGAGGAGUCAGAGAUGGAGACAGAAGAAGAGGUUGAUAUCCUGAUGAGCAGCGACGUCUACUCUGCAACCCUGUCCACCAAAUCCAUCAGCUUCUCUCGCAGUCAGAUCGGCUGGCUGUUCAGAGAGGACAAAACGGAGCGUGUUGGAAACUUCCUGGCUGACUUCUAUUCAGUGAAUGGGCUGAUGCUAGAGUCACGGAAACGGCGAGAACACCUAAGCGAGGAGGACAUCUUGAGGAACAAAGCCAUCAUGGAAAGCCUGAGUAAAGGAGGCAGCAUCAGUGAUCAAAACUUUGAGCCUGUGAGAAGGCAGUCGCUCUCUGCUCCAGCACCCAACACAAUUUCUUGGGAAGAGUACAUCACCGCGGAGCACGGAAAGCCUCCUCAUCUCGGUAGAGAGCUCGUGUGCAAGGAGAGCAAGAAGAACUUCAAAGCUACCGUAGCCAUGAGCCAGGAUUUCCCCCUAGGCAUCGAGUCGUUACUCAACGUGUUGGAGGUCAUAGCCCCGUUCAAGCACUUCAACAAACUCCGGGAGUUUGUUCAGAUGAAACUUCCACCAGGGUUUCCAGUCAAACUCGACAUCCCCGUCUUCCCCACCAUCACAGCAACCGUCACCUUUCAGGAAUUCCGCUAUGACGAAUUUGAAGAGUCUAUUUUCUCCAUCCCUGCUGAAUACAAAGAAGAUCCCAGUCGCUUCCCUGACCUCUGACCUGCAAACACAACUGACAAUAACAGGAAAUGACCAGCGAGUCAAGAUGUUUGAGAGGUGGGAAACAAAAUGAGGAAUCCUUUUCUUCAUAUAUGUAUUAUUCUAUCCCUUUUGUUUUUUUCUUUACAAAGGGAGCUGGUCUCAUUGAUCAAGUGUUCAUUUCACUGGUGGUUCCAAAGCAAAUCAAUGCAAACAGAUUUUAAAGAGCGCUAUAUCACGUGUAUGCCUCAUUUCCACUGCAUGGUAAGGCUCGUUUGAUUCUAAUGCAAAAAAAUGAAAAAUGUUCUUGAUACCUGGUACUCUUUGGUGUCACCUCGGUUGAGGUUCCACGUAACCUUAGCCAAUACAUUUACUACAAUUCAGACUAUUGAUGGGUAAUGAGGUGGUCACUGAUUUGAUACAGGACAGCUUCCAUCCCUAUGUUGGGAGGUCAGCUGCAGUGAUUUCAGCACAUUUACAGCACACACUCUAAUACAUUACUUGAUGUACUUUGCUUACAAAACAUACGUAGCUAAAGAUUGUUGAAGAUAAGUUAAGACCCUGCUUGUGUUUGUUAGGCACCGAAUAUACAACCACACUCAGCUAAGAGCUUCACCUACAGAGGGGAAUGAAAAAUCAAGUAGAGUUUCAAGAAGGGCCGAUACCUUGCUGGUUGGAAAGUGGCAUUAGAUGCAGAUCUGCAUUUUUUUUUUUUAAUGUGAAAUAUUUGCUAGUUUUUGUUGUACUUGCUGAGCAGAUGAAUCUGCUGCUCUGGGCUGCUGUCCUCUCCUGUGAAAGCUGUUAUAAGACACACGUUGAACUCGUCAUCGUCACUAUGUUAUUAUGAACUCUUAUCUCCGCCUUUCCGAGGACCGAUGACAGAAUUCUUGAAACUGCACUGACACCGUCAUCUGUAAAUAAUUCACAUCUCAUGUGUAAUUCAUAACAAAAAAGAGUCUCAAGUAUAACUUUAUCCUCAAACUGAGCUUAAUAUUCAUUUAUAAACUAUGUACUAUAUACAUAUAAAUACAUACUCAAAAAGGAGUAACACUGUGUAGCAAUACAUUUCCAGUACUUAAGAAUGUUUUUAACCAGCCGGGAGAAGGUUUAGCAUAAAAACACAUUCUUAACAGUUCAAUACCCCGAGCCUUUUCCCCUGUGCAGGACGCAGUCUCCUGUGUUUUCAGGUUCACUCAUGUUACCUCUCUGCUGUCUCCAUGUUUGUCGUGCUAGUAUGGACUCUGUGCUCAGUGUGAGUGAGUAACUGUACUGUAUAAAGGAUCGUUGUAUGUACGUUUGUGUGGGAGAACCCAGUGGGAUAUCAGGUAAACUGUAAUAAGUUUAAUACUGCACUGAUAUUAAGUAUAUUUAAGGCAUGCUAUGGCUGCGUUGGCCAACUGGAUAACAAGCAUUGUUAAAGAUAUAUUAUCUAAACAUUUGUUAUAUUUACCUGCAGACUUGAUAUAUGGAUUAUAGAAGAAACUGAAAAUUGUAACACUAACACUUUGAAACACCUUUCAGUGUUUAUAAAAUCUCUCCUUUGAUGGUAGUCUGCGCUUAAUUUACAUGUUUGUUUUUUUUAAUCCAGGGAGAGUAAACUAAGCUGUGAAGUUGAUAUUGCUGAAUUUUUCAAAAGUGUCCAGAAGGGAAAUUAUCUGAUUCAUCAAGUUGUCUCUGGCUUCAGCUAAUAUGUACUGCAACCAUACCUACUUCACAUCCCUUUAAAUAAAGCACCAGCAUCAUGUUUCAACUGA